AUGAUUAAUCAACGUUCAUAAGGUCCUUUAAGAGGGUAACACUUUCGAUAGGCCAACUUAACAUAAAUAGGAACUAAAAUAAUUGAUUAAAAAAGUGAAUCAAUUUAUGUAGAUUCUGAGGUUUCUUUAAAAAAGCGUAAAAGCAAAAGCCCUCUAGAAGUAACAAGAGGAUUAUAUAAAUCAUAAACUUAUAAAGAGAUUUGCCCAUAGGACUCUUUUAAAGAGCCUGAUAGAUUUGAUUCUCCUUUAGAUUAAUCUUUGAAUUAACCUUUAAAAAUCACUUAUAAAGUUUCAGGUUCACUACUUAGAUUUAAUGCUCAUUAAGUGAUUAAAAUAUUUAUUUAAAAACUAUUGUAUUAUUUGAAGGUCUAAAAACAACAAUAAAGUAAAAUGAAAUGCUUUGAAAAGAUUAUUGAAGAUAAAGGCAGUAAUACAUAAAUUGAAGAUCAAGAAAUUAAGAAAUCAAAUAAUUGUAACUUGCUUAAGAAAGACUCAUAUGAAAGAAUGUUAUUAAAUUUAAUACUAAUAAUGAUUCUUUUAAUAUAUUGUGUAAUUGUACCUAUUUGCAAUAAGAGAAUUGAACCUAUUUUAAUAUUUAGUAAGAGAUUUUAUUAAAAUUAGUCUUUAUUUAUUCAGUUUAUAAAGUGGUUGAUUUUAAAUAAUGGAAUAUUAUAGAUAUUUUGAUUAUUGGAAUAAAUAUAGGUGGCUUAUUUAAUUAAGUAUUUCUAUUUAUGAAUAUUAUAAAUUUGAUAAAAGUAUAUUAGAUAAUGUAAAAUUUAAAUGUAUUGACUUCAAAAAAACUUAUACGAUUCAUUAAUUCAAUAUUAAUAGUAGUGAUUCAUUUAAAUAAUAGUGUACAUUUUUGGUAAUUCUAAUUAGAUAAUGAAUAAAAAUACGAUAUUUUGUUAGGAUAAUAGAUAUAAUUGUUUUUUAAUUUUGAAUUAGAAAUGCAAGAAGAUUAAAAUAUAUACUAUGUUUCUUUAAAUAGAAUUCUGAGUUUCUUAAUUUUGAUAUAUUUUACUUAGUAAUUUCUUACAUACAUUAAGAUUUCAGAUGAAAUGGCAAAAAAAGAAGAGUUUUUUGAAUUAUUACUUAGUAAGAAUACUAUGAAUAAAUAACCCUUAAGAAAUUAACAUUAAGUUAGGUAAUUAUUAUGGAAUGAAGUGGAAAGUUAGAAAUAUUAAGAGACAUAUUUAAGUUAGAUAGAUUUUAAUUUACCUAAGGAAUUGAGAAAAUCACUUAAUAUACAUAGUUAUUUGGAUAUCAUUUAAAAGUCUAAAUUUAUAAAGCAAAAAUUUACUGAAUCAUUUUAAAAGAAUUUAUCUGAAUUUGUAAAAGAGUAAACUAUAGAAGAAGGUGAAAUAAUACAAUUACAAAAUUAAAGAGUAAAUAAAUUAAUAUUUUUAUUGGAAGGAGAGGUAACCUUACAAAUUAAUUAAAAAAGAGUAUAAGUAUUGAAAAAAUUAAACAUAGUAAAUUAAUAUGAAUUUUUUGCUUGUUUGUCUUCUCCUUGUGAAAUAAUUGCCUAAUCAAGAUGUAAAAUAAUUAUAAUAGAUUAUGAAUCAUUUUAUGAUUUAAUAUGUAUUCAUGAAGAAGAUUUUUAAAAAUAUAAAAUGUGGUAAGACAAAAUGUAAGAGUAAUAAAGACGUUGUGUUUAUAAAGUAAAUAAUUAUUUAUAUAAUAGAUUUGUUAUAUUUGUAUGGAUAAUCAUGUAACUUCCAUGUGUACUGGUGUUACAUAUCAACCUAAUUAUAUGAAAAUUAUAUCAAAUAGUACGUAUGCAUAACCAAGUCCAAGAGUUAAGUUUAGAAGAUUUGAAAGAAAAAGUUCUUCAUCAUUAGUUUAAUAAAAUUUGAUAAGUAUUACAGCUUUAAAUUGGGCAUAAUAAUUUAAUUUAAUAGCUAAAAAUACAGAACUUAUUGAUUAAUUCUUAGGUAAAUAAGAUGGUGAUGAUGAAUUUCAAUUAUUUGCAGAAGAUGAUCACACUUCAAAACAUCAAACAUAAACUUAUACACAUUAAUAAAGUGUAAGAUCACCUAAAACCAAUAAAACAGGAAUUACAGGUAGAGAGAGAGAAAGAGUUUAUACAGAUUCAAAUAUUAAUAGAACUUUAACUAUUAGAACAUUAAAAGCAUCAGAAAAUAAUACUUCUAGAUUAAAAUAGAAUAAUAAUAAUAAUAAUGAUUCUAUUGUAAUAAGUAAUUCCCCUUCACCAAUCUAAUAAUAGAAUAAAACUACUUUAAUGUUGUUUACAAAAGAAUAAAUUAAAAGAUAAUCUAAUAUAAGUAGUAGCUUUACUAUAGAAAGAGCUUUAGAUAAAAAAUCAUCAUUACAUUCAUAAAAGCAACUUCCAUAAUCAACUAGUAUAUUGUAAAGUAAAGAAGUAAUACAAUAAUUACAGAGCAAUAUUGGAAGUCCAAAUAUGUAUAAUACAUCAAUAAGAAUGAAUUAAAAUGAUGCUAGUUUAAAUUUAAGAAGAUCUGAAUCACAACCUAUUGUAUAUUAUUUAGAUAUAUAUAUUUUAUAGUUUUCUGAAUUAAUUGGUUCUGCAAGAUAAUUAAUAUUGAUAAAAGAAUUUGAAAGUAUGUAAAUUUUUGAAUGGUAUUUCCCAAAUCAUAAUUUUAAUAAGGUAAUUGAGAGAUUUCAAAAAUAUUUAAGUAAACAAUUUAAUAAUAGAUGA